CGAGGAUCGAGGGCGUGAGCGCGCAGAGCUGUUGCCGGAUGAGAGAUCAGAGCAACACAUGAGCGCGCCUGUGUGCGUGUGCGCUCCUUUCACAUCGUCUUCAUCAUCCUCCGAUUAUUGACUGAUUGACUGAGUGAUCAUCAUGUCCGCGCUGGAGGAGUACGAGCGCGCGCCCAAGCGCCUUAAGGUGUCGGCUGAGGAUGAGGAGGAGCUGGAGGAAGGCGAGGAGUCAGACUCAGCAUCCGCGGGGCUCAUGGGUGACGAUGAGGAGGAUGAAGGGCAGAGCAGAGCGCGCUGGAGCUCCGCGGACAGGAAGGACAGCGGCUCUGAGACGCACCGCAUCGCUCCGUCUCCCGUCGUCCACGUGCGAGGACUGUGUGAAUCCGUGGUGGAGGCCGAUCUGGUCGAAGCCUUGGAGAAAUUCGGAAACAUCUGUUACGUGAUGAUGAUGCCGUUCAAGCGGCAGGCUCUGGUGGAGUUCGAGGAGGUUCAGAGCGCCGACCGCUGCGUGUCGUGUGGAUCGCAGGAGCCCGUCUACAUCGCCGGACAGCAGGCCUACUUCAACUACUCCACCAGCAAACGCAUCACGCGGCCCACCAACGCCGACGACCCCAACAGCGGGAACAAAGUGCUGCUGCUGUCCAUCCAGAACCCGCUCUACCCCAUCACCACGGAUGUUUUGUACACGGUCUGUAACCCGAUCGGAAGCGUGCUGCGCAUCGUGAUCUUCAAGAGGAACGGGAUCCAGGCCAUGGUGGAGUUCGAAUCCAUCCAGAACGCUCAGAAGGCCAAAGCCGCCCUCAACGGGGCCGACAUCUACGCUGGCUGCUGCACGCUGAAAAUCGAAUACGCUCGGCCCUCACGCCUCAACGUCAUCAGAAACGACAACGACAGCUGGGACUACACCAAACCCUUCCUGCUGCGCCGAGAGCGCGGUAAGGGCCGACAGCGGCAGGCCAUCCUGGGAGAACAUCCGUCCUCGUACAGCGAUAACGGAUACGGCUCUCACUGCCCCCUGCUGCCGCUGCCCGGUAAUAACCGCUUCAAGCGCGGCUCUCAUGAUGUCCCGGAGGUGGUGGCGUAUCCGCUGCCCCAGACCUCCUCAUACAUGAGCCACGCCUCCAGCUCCGUCGCCAUGGUGAGCGGCCUGCAUCCCGCCAAGAUGAACUGCACCCGCAUCUUCAACCUCUUCUGUCUCUACGGAAACAUCGAGAAGGUGAAGUUCAUGAAGAGCGUCCCGGGCACGGCUCUAGUAGAGAUGGGUGAUGAGUACGCGGUCGACAGAGCAAUCACACACCUCAACAGCAUCAAGGUGUUCAGCAAACGCCUCAACGUCUGCGUGUCGAAGCAGCACGCUGUGAUCCCGAGUCAGGUGUUUGAGCUGGAGGACGGCUCCAGCAGCUAUAAGGACUUCGCUAUGACGCGUAACAACCGCUUCACCAGCGCCGGCCAGGCGUCCAAGAACAUCAUCCAGCCGCCCUCCUGUGUGCUGCACUUCUACAACGUGCCGCCCUGCAUCAGCGAGGACGACCUGCAGCGGUUAUGCACGGAACACGACGUCCCGGGAUUCAUCAAAUACAAAGUGUUUGACGCCAAACCCAGCUCAAAGACCAUCUCUGGCCUGCUGGAGUUCGACAGUAAGACUCACGCCGUGGAGGUUCUGACGGUCCUCAACCACUAUCAGAUCCGGAUCCCCAACGGUUCGAACCCGUACACACUGAAGCUGUGCUUCUCCACCUCCUCACACCUCUGAACCAGAGCAACUGACACCACUAUCUUCAUCAUCCUCACCUCCUCCUGCUCCUGCUGCUCCUCUCAGACCCGACUCUCCUUCGGUUUUAGUCCUCUUUAGUUUUUCAUCUGUAAAUCUGAUCUAACCAGGAAACACACACACACACACACACACACACACACAGUCUGGAUGUAGAAUAUGAUGAUGUCACUCCAGAUGAACCGUGGGAAGAGGCGAUGAAGGACACUAGCGUUUGAUGACCAUCAUCAUCAUCUGAACGGGAGAAACCGAAGGACCAACUGAAGAUGCGAUGAACACUUUAUUAUUUAUGUGUACAGCAGCGGGUUCACUAGAGACUAAAGGAGCAGCCGCUUAACGAGUCACAUGACCUGUAGUUCUGGGUUUGGUUGAUGAGUGAAUGUGACUGCAGCCCUGAUCCAGACACACAUCACAUGAUCAGCGCUUCACCAGCUGUGUGUGACACAUGUACAGUAAGUUCAGACCAGCCGAUUAAUGACUACUAGUUAGUUUGUAGUUAACUCGGUUUGCACCAUUAGUUCAGCUCAUAAUCUCUCUGUACAGUACCGUAACCUUUAUGAGUUUGAUGAAGCUCAGUUUGAGACUCUUCACUGCAAAAAAUGAUUUUCUUCCUUAGUAUUUCUGUCUUGUUUUCUAGUAUAAAUAUCUAAGUAAAAUGACUUAAGAUAUUAUCUCUUGUUUUCUGAAAAAAAUAUCCAAAUUUUGGAUUUUUUCAGCUGCUUUCACACAUUUUCAAAACUUUGCCUCUUUUUUUCAAAACUUCACACACAAAUCCAAGAAUCGCACACAAAAUGUAAAACGCCUCGCAUCUCUUGCAAAACGAAGCACUGCAUUCAAAACAUCACAAACGCAUCUCAAAAUAAAACAUUUGCCAUAAUAUUAAUUCCUGUUAGAUGUGUGUGUGUUACAGAGAGAACUGUGUUGUGUUUUAUGAAACUGAAAACUGAGUCAAAGUCUGAGAAUCAGUGUCUGGUUUUGUAGAUCUGGUGCGUGCUUCUGCUGUUUGAGUGACAGCUUUCAGAAAUUAAGAUUUAGUGUGUAAACAGCUGAAAAAACCUGUAAAACAAGUAAAAAUAUCAGCCAGUGGGGUCAGAAAAAUGAUCUUGUUUAGCCUUUGAAUUAAGAUUAUUUUUCAUACCCCAUUGGCAGAUAUUUUUAAUGACUAAAGAUUCUUAAAUCAAGAUACAUUUACUGGAGAAAAAUAAGAAAUCUUGUUUUCUGAGAAACUGAGAUUCAAAAUCAAGUGAGUUUAUGAUUAAAAGAAGAAUAAAUAUGUGCCGAUGUCGACUUAAUUCAAAGGAAAGUUUUCAUUCCUCGUUGGCAGAUAUUUGUUCUUGUUUUAAUCGUAAACUCUUUUGAUUCAGGACUUCGUGAAACCUAGGAAAUGUAUCUUCAUUUAAGGACGUUUAAAACAAGACAAAAAUACUGAGGAAGAACAGCACUUUUUUUGCAGCGUGUAUGCAACAUUUAAUGCCACGACUUUAUAAAUUAAUAUGAAUUAUGAAGACGUUCUGCUCCGAUUUAAAAAUGUUUUCAGGCCUUAAUUUGUGGAAGAGAGAGCUUUAUGAGACCUGCAGAAGCCCUCAGAUCUGUUUAAAGUGUAAAUGCAGUCAAUGUUUCUUCUCUUCACAAUUACAUUUAUUCACCUGAAAGCAAGACAAAAAUCAUCAUCAAAUAAAACAAUUCAUAUUUUCAAAUGUGUAAAUAAUAUGAAGGAACUGUAUCUAAAAUGAACAAAGGGCAAUAAACAAAUACUAAUUCAACAAAUUGGAAAAUAUUUUAUUAAUAUUUUAAAUAUUUUCAUUUGUUUUAUGUGUUGAAACACUGACAGUAUGUUAUUCACCUGAUCAUUUUUUUUUUAAAAAUGUAAACGAGUGCGAAUGUCUUCAUCAUCAUCGUAAUCAUACUGAAGUCUGAGAUCAUUUCAUAAUUAAUGUGUAGUUUGUGGAGUUACACUUUAAUGAAGUUUAUCGGCGUUUAUCUGGUGUUUGAUGCCUGAUGUGUGUCUGGUUCUUCAGCGGCUGCAGCGAGCGGGACACGAUGAGCUUCACGGGUCGCGUGUGGAUUAUGAUUAUGAUUCAUGUGUGUAACUGACACAUCAACACAUCAGCAGUUCACUGUGAGCAUGUGCAGCCAUUAAACAUCUGCAGGUCACAUGACUGUCUGUCAUUCAUCUUACAUGAGACACAAUGCACACACAACCUGACAGAACACACCGCUCCAACACCACAACAUGAUGACUGUGUGUGUGUGUGUGUGUGUGUGUGUGUGUGUGUGUGUUCAGGACACUCAGCGGUGCUUCAGGAUAUGAGGAUCUCCACAGGUCCAUCUGGAUCAGGAGGAGUCUGGCUCUACUUCUCCUGUCUGUCUCUCUCUACACAUUAAUAAACAAUAUUUAGCCCU